GAAACAAAAGCUUCGUGAAACAAAAGCUUUCAUCCUGCACUAUCGAUCAUAAGGGACAUUUGAUGUAUCACUUGCGAUAAUCAACGUAAAAGGUUAUAUUUUGCAAGAAUUGCAGAAAACCAUGAUUGAUUACAAUUCGAGGGCGCAUGUAUUAUAAAGGCGAUUAACCCAAGCCCCGUUCAGUCAGUAUUAAUUUGGCCUCUGGGCGGUUUUGAAGUAUAAUGCUGUUGAAUUAAAAACAUCCAAUGAAGAAAAUGAUAAGAGUUUGGUUUAUGGUAAUCCUAGUUGUAAGCAUAAAUUAUCACGUCACAGCACAGGAAGAUAACCCAUGCCGAGGAAACGAAGGAGUACAUAGAGUUCCCGAUCCAGCCGAUUGCACUCGAUUCUUCUUGUGCAUAGGCGAAGAAUCCUUUCCUACGCAAUGUGGUCCUGGAUUGAUAUUUGACGUUCUCACUGGCCACUGCAAUGAAGAAUCAGUUUCAGUGUGUGUUCAAGAAAUUGAAAGUCCACCAACACCAUCCGGUCCAGGUGAAGGCACAACGUCGCCAGGAGUGACGACACCAUCGGACAUUCCUGAAGCUCCCACGCCAACACCAGGACCAACUACUGUGGCACCUACAGCUCCAACACCUUCGCCAACACCUUCACCAGCCCCAACAACUACGACUGUACCUGAAGCUCCAACACCUUCACCAACUAUAGCGCCGCCACCGAUAACGACUACAACGACACCAGCACCAACUCCGGCACCCACCACUCCACCAACGACCGUCCCCACGCCGGCUCCCACAACCGCUCGUCCACCUGGAACACCCGAUUGUCCAGUUAACGAAGAAUUCUAUGCUCCACACCCGGAUUGCACCAAGUACUAUCGUUGUUACUUCGGACGCCUGUUCGUGAUGACGUGUCCCCCUAAUCUACACUGGAACCAGGAGCAGUUGUUCUGUGAUCACAUUUGGAAUGUCCCGUGCCCAUCUGCGUGGGUAUUCUAAUCGCGUGCACUCUGCUAAUUGACGUCGUAAUCUAAUCCAUAAUCGCCAGAUAUCUCGUGCGGAAAUACGUGUGCAGUUUUACGUUGGGCCAUAAUUUGAUAACGUGAUUUAUUUAUUAUUGUGCAAUUAUUGGGGAAAUACAAGUGGUGCCAGCUCGUUCGUGAAUUAUAACACUUCACAUUCAGUCCUCAGAGAAUGUAAUUGAUAAUCAGGGUGAAUAUUUCGAAUAAUGUAAUCAAGACAGGUCAAAUAAACAUGUUAGGACAUAAGACGUUGCUGAUAUAAUCGCUUUUGUUUGGGUUUGGGUCUGGCCUCCUUGGAUCCUCAUCCGGUGCGAAACUCGACUUUCUGUUUCGACAGACUUUGCUGCCGAUUUUAAAUUACAGGACAAUUGCAGGGCUAGUACUACGAUCCUACUGACUACUAUGAAAUCCUGUCUAGCUGAGGCUCGAACGUUCGACGUGUAGCUUAUGCAACCAGCGCCUUACACCCUAAACCGUCAGAUCAGAUCAUCAACUGUUCACGUUAUAUCUAGGAUGCUAUAUCGCAUCACAUGCGAAAAUUGAGAUAACACAUCGUGCAAUAUCAAAUAAACAGACUAAUUAAAAAAAUCAAGCGCAAUAUAAGUGUCAUACGAAACUUGCUGUACCUAAAAGUAAUCGCUAAUGUGAUCCUUUGCAGUUAUCACUCAUUUUCAUACAACCGUUAAUUGCAAUGAAAAUAAAAAUAUUGCU